AUGGCACAACUAUCUUCUGCGGUCCGCAAUUUCGCUGACAUGCUCGGCCGUGUCGCCCCCGCCGCAACUCUAUUGUCAGCAUCCAUCUCCUACAGCCGGCCUCAGUUGUCUGGACCUCCUUCGCGUAGAAUUCCUCUGCCUGAUCCUUGCCCCUUUGAGGCAACACCCUAUGAGGCUGGUCCCGCACCUCCCUCUCAGUUGAGAAGAGAUUGGCUUCCGAGAAAGAACUCAUUUCGCCACCAUCGCAGGCAUCCUUCAUCUCUCCUCUCUACCCCCCUGUCGUCCUCCAAACCCCACCCCGCCUCCUUCAAACCUUCCACCCUCGACGAAAGCAGCGACCCAGCGCCGGAGUUCCUCUCAAUCCCGCCUGAAAAAGCACACGAUCUGACUCCUCCAGAGGCAGCGCAGGACGACGUCAACGAUGAAGAAGAAGAAGAAGAUGAAAUUGAUGGCCUCAUAAGUCUUCUAGGCUUAUCAGAGGACGGCGAAGACUGCGGGGGUGGCUUGGGCUCUUCGUACUGUAGCGGAGGUGGAUUUUACCGAAAAGUGGUAGGGCUCAAGGGGCCGAAUUGCGAGAAAGAAAUGCAGCGACUUGAUGGUUGGAUCGUGCAUUACCGGCGGGAAAGGAAAGAACCAGCGAGACUCGCUCAUCUUCUGCUGGCUAAAGCCGUAUCGUUGGCGGGGAGGGACUGGGGUACUGAUGAUGACAACGAUGCUGCCUUCGGGGAGAUUGGGUUUCCUUCGACUGUGGAGGAAUUUUUGGGGCAUGAUCCACCUUUUGAGAAGAAUUUAUUUUUGAUGAUGGAGUUGGCAAGUGAUGGUGGAACAAAUCCGCCUCUCACCGGAUUUAGUAAGUUCGCAUUUAUGUCGGGGAAGAGACGGAAUGCGGGGAAAAACUGAGAGGACAGGGGAAAGUCAUGUUAACGAAAUAGACAAUAAGAUGAAGGAAUACAUGUUAUCCAAAGAAGCUGAAAUUCUCCUUUUCUGGUUUC